AUGCUCUGUGGAAUUUCUGGAGAAGCUCCUCAAGAGCCAGUCGCGUCCAGAAAGUCAGGCGUCAUUUACGAGAAGCGACUCAUUGAGCAAUACAUCAACGAGCACGGCACCGAGCCCAGCACCGGCGAGGCCCUCACGGCCGACGACCUCCUCUCCAUCAACUCCUCCCGCAUCGCCCGCCCGCGUCCGCCUACGCUGACUUCGAUACCUGCGCUACUCGCUACCUUUCAGAAUGAAUGGGAUAGCCUCGCUUUAGAAACAUAUAACCUGCGCGAGCAGCUUGCUCGCACAAGGGAGGAGCUAGCCACCUCUCUCUACCAGCACGAUGCUGCCGUUCGCGUCAUUGCCCGUCUGACAAAGGAGAGAAACGAGGCCAGAGAUACCCUGAGCAGGAUCACUGUUUCUGGAGCCGGUGCCAAUUCCGAUGAGAUGGUUGUUGACACAGAAGGUCUGCCAGACGCCUUGGCGGCUCGCGUAGACGAGGUUCACCAAGAGCUUUCCAAGGGUCGCAAGAAGCGCCCUGUUCCCAAGGACUGGGUCACCCCUCACGAAAUUGCCGCUUUCGAGGUCACAGCUACGAACGCGCUGCCAGUCGCGCAGACAACCUGCUUGGAUACGGAGGGUGCAUACGCUGCUGUUGGUGGCCUGCAAGGCCAGGGAGCUAUCUACGCUGUGGCGGCCGACUCCCUGGAGCGAGAGAUUGCUGUUGGCGAGCCUGCCACCAGCACGCUAUGGACUGGCUCCAAGCUGAUUUACGGCACCGGCAAUGGCGGCCUCAAGGUAUUUGAGGGCGGCAACCAGGUUGCUGCAGCUUCCGAGCACUCAGGCCCUACAACUGGUCUGAGCAUUCAUCCGAGUGGCGAUAUUGUUGCCUCUGUUGGCACCGAUAAGAGCCUUGUUCUAUACGACUUGACCUCCAACCUGAAGCGCGUGAGCCGCACAUUUGUUGACGCCUCACUCACCACUGUGUCUUUCCAUCCUGACGGACAUCUUGUUGCUGCUGGUACUGUCACGGGCGACGUGAAAUUAUAUAUGACCAAGACUCUCGAGCAGGCUGCCGUUUUCAAGUUAGGAGCCCCCAUCCAAGCCCUCACAUUCUCCGAAAACGGCUUUUGGCUAGCAGCUACUGCCAAGGGCCAGAACUCGGUCACGAUAUUUGACCUUCGCAAAGAAGGCGAUGCCGCCACGGCCAAGGUUCUCGAGACUGGCGGCGCCGUUCAGUCGCUUGCGUGGGACUACACUGGCCAGUAUCUGGCCACGGCUGGUCCCUCGGGCCUCACCAUCCAGCAGUACGCCAAGGGUGGCAAGAAGUGGGCGGAGCCGUUCCGCAAUGCCACGGGUGCUGUCGCUGUGCGAUGGGGCGAGUCGGGCAAGACUCUGGUGGCCGUCAACGGAGACGGCGUCAUCAGCGUCGUCGGCAUCAAGGCAUAA